AUGAGGUUUGUGGACUUGGCGAUUGAUGUGGCGGCACUGCUCAACGCCUCCCGAUCGGUCGCCUCGAAGCACAUCGCCUUGCGAAGCCGACAACUCGACGUAUACAGCAAAACGUCGAGCAUUUCCGCGACCAGCGCUGCGAAGAAUGGGAAAGACAAAGUCACCGAGGAAAACCUUGCGACGGCUCGAGGCAACGGUAUUCACGAUCAUGCAGCCGCGAAACCGGGGACGAGCGCGAGCCGAUGUGAGCCGUCUGAAGGGGAGACACCGCACACUGUGCCAGCCUCCUUUUCGACGGCUCAAGAGCAAGCCAUGAAGGCGGAGGGAGAUCUGGCCGCAGAGUUGGAUCUCCCCCCUGGAAUCGAUGUCAAUAUCUUUCAUACGGCACGGGGCUCGAAAAUACUGGAAUCGGUGAGAAAGCAAAAGGCCACGACCAUCGUUGGGCCACAGCAGCCACGCGUGGUGAGCUCCGCCAAAGAGCACCCUUUACGACACUGGCCCGUCAAGCGGCCUGUAGAUAUCAAUGCAACUCAUGGCUCCACAGCCAACCAUUCUGAGGGGCGAGACAAGGCAUCACCUCCGCGGCCAGCAACGAGUGGCCUGGCGCAAGCGAUGGAGCGACAGCCCCAGCACGUUUCAGCUGCACAGGUGUGUUCGAAGAAGGUCGACGUGGACUCGAAUGAUACCGUCGCCGAACACGGCGGUCAGGCCACGAGCACCCGCGCAUAUCGGUUGCGAGAAUCCAAAGUUCCAGCAUCUCGCAUGAGUCGGAUGUGGAACUACGGUGGUCUAGCUGCUGGUAUUCUCGGCGGCGCCAUGACGGAGGGCAUCACUCGAGCCUUUGGAGGCGGCGGCAAGGGCUCCGUUCUGCUCAGCGAAAGGAACAUGGAGAGGCUUGUGGCUAAGCUGUCCCGCAUGAGGGGCGCCGCCCUGAAGCUAGGCCAGAUGAUGAGCUUCCAGGAUACCAAGAUGCUGCCGGCGCCCAUCCAGGAGGUUCUGCAGCGGGUUCAGGAUAGGGCCGACUACAUGCCCGCGUGGCAAAGGGACAAGGUCCUGGUCGGCAACCUUGGCGAAAACUGGCGAGACUUGUUCAGCGAGUUCGAGGAGAAGCCGAUAGCAGCGGCAUCGAUCGGCCAAGUACACAAAGCAGUGCUCAAGUCCAAUGGCAAGAGGGUGGCCGUCAAGGUCCAGUUCCCGGGCGUCGCCGAUUCCAUCAAUUCCGAUCUGGACAACCUCGGCAUCCUGCUCAACGCGACGAGCUUGCUGCCAAAGGGCUUGUAUCUCAACAAGACCAUCGACAACGCUCGGCUCGAGCUCGGUUGGGAGUGUGACUACGAGCGAGAGGCCGAAUGCGCUAUUCGGUACAAGGAACUCCUCCGAGGAGAAGAGGACGUCUUCCUCGCGCCCGACGUCCACCUCGAGGCCUGCGGGAAGCAGGUGCUCACGAUGGACUUUCUCGACGGCGUAGGCGUCACGCGCGUCAAGUCCUUCACCCAGCAUCAACGUGACUGGAUCGGCACGCAGCUAAUGCGCCUCUGCCUCCGUGAAAUUACCGAAUUCAAGUUUAUGCAGACGGACCCGAACUGGACCAACUUUCUCUACAACGCCGACGACAACAAGCUCGAGCUGCUCGACUUUGGCGCCUCGCGCGACUACCCCGAGACUUUCGUCCGGCAGUACGUCCAACUCCUCGAGGCCGCCUCGCGUGCCGACAGGGUCGCCGUUGGCCACUUGUCCGAGAGCCUAGGCUACCUGACGGGCCAUGAGAGCAAGGCAAUGUUUGACGCCCACGUCGACUCGGUGCUGACCAUCGCGGAGCCCUUCCUCGCAUCGGCCCCGGAGGUGUACGACUUCAAGGAUCAGACGAUUACGGAGCGCGUGAAGGCGCUGAUUCCUCUGAUGCUCCACGAGCGUCUCGCGCCGCCGCCCGAGGAGACGUACAGCCUGCAUCGCAAGCUAAGCGGCGCCUUUCUACUUUGUGCAAGACUGGGAAGCAAGGUGCCCUGCAGGCAGCUUUUCGUCGAUGCCGUCGCCCGGUCGGGAUACGUCGGCAAGGCCGAAUGA